AUGGCGCCAAUGACGCGCGUAGACCAUGAUGCUCUCGAGCAACAACUCAAAGACACCAUCCAAACCCUCACCAACGUCCUGGUGCAAGUAACCAACUACGACGCGACCACCGCGCCCUCGGCCUCAGGCAACAACACCCCUUCCCACGCGCACACCACCACCUCCUCCUCCGCCCUCUCCUCCUCCUCCUCCUCCUCUCACCCCGGUGGCCGCCCCUCCCGCGACGUCGUAGCAAGCGAGCUGCGCGCGCUCUCGGCGAACCUGCAGGCCAUCCACGCGCGCGCGACGGACGCGACGCUCCCGCCCCUGCCGAGGGUGCCCCCCGAGCUGGUCGAGUACGUCGAGAACGGCCGCAACCCGGACAUCUACACGCGCGAGUUCGUCGAGGCCGUGCGCCGCGGCAACCAGCUCAUGCGCGGCAAGCAGCGCGCCUUCGCCGCCUUCCGCGACGUCCUCGCCGCCGAGAUGCGCCGCGCCAUGCCCGAGCUCAGGGACGACGUCGCCAUGGUGCUGGCGAAUCUGCCGAGGCCGCAGUAG